ACGCGGUUCUCCCCAUCCACCCCGCCCCUCUUUCCCACUCCCUUCACCCGAGGCUGGGGAAUCUCCAUUGACGUUCGGGUGACGCCGCUGUGCCGCCGCCGUUGGGGGUUCCAGGCGCUGCACAGCGGCCGGCGGCGGAGACCCUUUGCUCCCAGCCUGCGAGGGACCCUUUGGUUACUGAAGGCGGAGCUGUGGGUCACAGCGGUGGCGGCAGAGACAGCGACCGCGGGAGCGGCGGGCUAGUUCCACUGACGGGAUGCACGGCCGCGCUGGAGGUUGGCAGCUUCUGCUCGAGUGCUCCUGAAGGGGCGAUGUUACCGUUCACUCCCCAGGAGGAGCCCUGGGACCAAGAAAUGGAGGUGUUCGGCAGCGGCGGUGGCGCGAACGGCGGAGAGCAACAGUUCUGAAGAUUUGGUGAGCACAUGGAAUUUUGAGCCACAGGUUGUGUUCACACUGAAGACCACGGAGAUAAUACAAGAGCAUGACCAUGAAGAGGUAAAUGGUCUUAAAAUGGUUGAUGAACCAAUGGAAGAGGGAGAAGCAGAUUCUUGCCUUGAUGAAGAUGCUGUUAAAGAAAUCCCUAUUACUCAUCAUGUUAAGGAAGGAUAUGAGAAAGGAGAUCCUGCCCAGUUUGAGUUGCUCAAGGUUCUUGGUCAGGGAUCAUUUGGAAAGGUUUUUCUUGUUAGGAAGAAGACUGGUCCUGAUGCUGGGCAGCUCUAUGCAAUGAAAGUGUUAAAAAAAGCAUCUUUAAAAGUUCGUGAUCGAGUUCGGACAAAGAUGGAGAGGGAUAUUUUGGUGGAAGUUAAUCAUCCAUUUAUUGUCAAAUUGCAUUAUGCAUUUCAGACUGAAGGGAAGCUGUAUUUAAUAUUGGAUUUUCUCAGGGGAGGUGAUGUCUUCACAAGAUUGUCGAAAGAAGUUCUCUUUACAGAGGAAGAUGUGAAGUUCUACCUUGCAGAACUGGCCCUUGCUUUGGAUCAUCUGCAUCGAUUAGGAAUUGUAUAUAGAGACCUGAAACCAGAAAACAUUUUGCUUGAUGAAAUAGGACAUAUCAAGUUAACAGAUUUUGGACUCAGCAAGGAGUCAGUAGAUCAAGAAAAGAAGGCCUACUCAUUUUGUGGUACUGUAGAGUAUAUGGCUCCUGAAGUAGUAAAUAGGAGAGGCCAUUCUCAAAGUGCUGACUGGUGGUCAUAUGGUGUACUUAUGUUUGAAAUGCUUACUGGUACUUUGCCAUUUCAAGGUAAAGACAGAAAUGAGACUAUGAAUAUGAUAUUAAAAGCAAAACUUGGAAUGCCUCAAUUUCUUAGUGCUGAAGCACAAAGUCUUCUAAGGAUGUUAUUCAAAAGGAACCCAGCAAAUAGAUUGGGGUCAGAAGGAGUUGAAGAAAUCAAAAAGCAUCUUUUCUUUGCAAAUAUUGAUUGGAAUAAAUUAUAUAAAAGAGAAGUUCAACCUCCUUUCAGACCUGCUUCUGGAAAACCAGAUGAUACUUUUUGUUUUGAUCCUGAAUUUACUGCAAAAACACCUAAGGAUUCUCCUGGUUUGCCAGCUAGUGCAAAUGCUCAUCAACUCUUCAAAGGAUUCAGCUUUGUUGCAACUUCUAUUGCAGAAGAAUAUAAAAUCACUCCUGUUACAAGUGCUAAUGUAUUACCAAUUGUUCAGAUAAAUGGAAAUGCUGCACAGUUUAGUGAAGUUUAUGAAUUGAAAGAGGAUAUUGGUGUUGGCUCCUAUUCUGUGUGCAAGCGAUGUGUACAUUCAAUUACCAACAUGGAAUUUGCAGUAAAGAUCAUUGACAAAAGUAAGCGAGACCCCUCAGAAGAAAUUGAAAUUUUGAUGCGCUAUGGACAACACCCCAACAUUAUCACCUUAAAAGAUGUCUUUGAUGAUGGGAGAUAUGUUUAUCUUGUAACGGACUUGAUGAAAGGAGGAGAGCUACUGGACCGUAUUCUGAAAAAAAAAUGUUUCUCGGAACAGGAAGCUAGUGAUGUUCUGUAUGUAAUAACUAAGACAGUUGACUACCUUCAUUGUCAAGGGGUUGUUCAUCGUGAUCUUAAACCUAGUAAUAUUUUAUAUAUGGAUGAAUCAUCAAAUGCAGAUUCAAUUAGAAUCUGUGAUUUUGGGUUUGCAAAGCAACUUCGAGGAGAAAAUGGAGUUCUGCUAACUCCAUGCUACACUGCAAACUUUGUAGCACCUGAGGCUGACCUUGAAUUUCUGAGCUCAAGCGAUCUUACUGCCUCAACAGAACAAGUAGCUGGGACUACAGAUGCACAACCCGCUUCUGGCAAGGUUUUGGAAGUUCUUAUGCAACAGGGAUAUGAUGCCGCUUGUGAUAUUUGGAGCUUAGGAGUCCUUUUUUACACAAUGUUGGCUGGCUACACUCCAUUUUCUAAUGGCCCCAAUGAUACUCCUGAAGAAAUACUGUUGCGUAUAGGCAAUGGAAAGUUCUCUUUGAGUGGAGGAAACUGGGACAAUAUUUCAGAUGGAGCAAAGGAUUUGCUUUCCCAUAUGCUUCAUGUGGACCCACAUCAACGAUAUACUACUGAGCAAGUAUUAAAGCACUCAUGGAUAACUCACAGAGACCAGUUGCUGAAUGAUCAGCCUAAGAGAAAUGAUGCAUCACAUGUCGUUACGGGAGCAGAGGUUGAAACAUAUUCUGUUGUGACUCAGAAGACUUUUCAACCAAUCCUAGAGCCUGUUGCUGCUUCAAGUUUAGCUCAGAGACGGAGCAUGAAAAAACGAACCUCAACUGGCUUGUAAGAUUGAUAAUGUUCCUCAGCUAACUGGAUGAAGAGAAAUAUGUGGUGUUUCUUGCCUAAUUUAUAUCAGAGGCAUUGUUUUCUGUUACAGUACUUGAAUAUGCUGUUUAAGCCCCAUUUUAGGGAGAUAUGAAAUGAGAAAAGAACAUAUCGUAGCUCCACCAAUUCAUACUAUGUUGUUUUGAAGUGUCUAAAUGUUUAUUUAAAGUAUAUAAUUGAUGUCCACAUGGUCUUAACAACUUCUCUGCACAUUAACUUCUAAAAUUUCUUUCAAAUAAAGUUACUAUUUAAAUUUUCUGGUUUCAUAUAAAAUGGUUUAGGGAAUAACAGUAAUCAAAUACUUAUAAUAUUAAUGGUAAGCAACAUCAGUAUUUUAACAUCAUAUCCUGAAAGAUAGCUUUUUUAAAAGAAAAACAUAGAAGUAUUGCUGAAACUUAUUGUAUACUGCCAUUCAUUUGAUUCAUUUGAUUUAGAAAAAUGUAAUCACAGUAGUUUGGUGCCAGAACAAAAUGCAUUUGUGCUAAUAUGUGAAUUCCUGAUAUUAUUGGUGCCAAAGUUGUAUAGAACUAUAUCACUGAUAAUGUAUGCAGACAGACUUGUAUAUUAUCCAUGAGUGGCCUCAUCUAGAGAAAGUUUCCUUAAAGCUUCUAACACUUUACAUCUAAAUGAAUUAUAAUGCAAGUGAAGAACUUUUUAUCCAAAGGUUUUUUGUUGGUGUAGUUCGUGGUGGUGGUGGUGGUGGUGUAGCAUCUCCUAAAUAGGUCAUAGUUAAGUGUUUUAAAAUAAAGUACAUAGUGAUGACACUAUCUUGGUAUUGUAUAAGCUGAUGAAGUUAAAUAAUUGGACUUAAUCAUCAUUUACCCCCUUCCUAAAUAGAGCUACACUAUUGUAUGUAUAAUUACAUGUAAUUUGAACUACAGUGUAGCAUAUUGAUGUUCCUUGAAUCCCAUGGUGGUACAGUUGAGAUCUUAUUAUAGUGAACUUGUGCACUUGGCAUAUUGAAUAUAAUAUAAUGUGUUUCAGUAAACUUUAGACAAUAUUACAUAAUAAUUAUACUUCAAAAACUGAACUAACAUUUUUAAGAAGUAAUAAUAUUGAUCUACAUAGAAUUUGAGCACAUUUAAAAAUCAUAUUUAUAAUAAAGUACCUGGCCAAAUUGGUCUUAAUUAAACCUGUGAUUCAGAACCACUGUGUAAUAUGUAUUGUUUUCUCUCAAUGCUGAAAUUUUAAAAAAAAUCAUUUUGUGUUGUUGAGAAAAAUAUCAUUACUCCUACUGCUGACAGAAAUAAUUCAUGAAUGUAAACUGGAGGAUAUUGAUUUUGUUCAGUGAAUAUAAGUGAAUUACUUGUUUGUGUUAGGUGUACUGUUUGCUGUGUAUUUGACUUUUAGUUCACUAAGUGAUUACUGAGUAUAUGAUUUAGACAAGGAGACAUGUAAUAUUGGUAUUUAAUAAAACAAACUAUACAUA